AGAUGGAAAUACAAAUACCCACCAGGACCCCCGGGACUACCAUUUAUUGGAAACGCAUUGCAGAUCAGUCGAACAAAACUUCACGAACAAGCAUUGGAAUGGUCAAAGAAGUAUGGGCCUGUAAUAACAGUUCGAAUAGGUGCGACGCCCUUUGUAAUAGUGAACAAAAUAGAACCAGCUCUGGAGGCACUUGUAACGAAGUCGAUUAAUUUUGCAGGGCGCAUGAUUACACCAUCAGUUGAUGUGAUAACAUUUGGAGGGAAAGAUAUCGCCUUCAGCAGCUAUGGUCCGAUUUGGAAGAUGCACAGAAGAAUAGCAUCUAAGGCUUUACGACACUACAUGCAAGGUGACGCUCUCGAAUCAAGGAUUCAUGAUGCUGUUAAAACAGCCUUCGAUGAGAUAGACAAAGUUCCAGGAGAGUUUGACCCGUCGUCUUACAUCAGCUUUAUCAUCGGCAAUAUAUUGACAUGCCUUUGUUUUGGAGGAAAGUACGCUUUCAAAAACAGCGAAGUAAGUCAAGUCUUGCAUAAAAGAGACGUAUUCAUUGAACAAUUCGGGAUAGGAGCAUGGGAAGACUUUGUUCCAGGCCUUAGACAUGUAUAUAAAACUGAUGUAUUCAAACGUUUGGAAAUCUUUACACAAGACAUGAUGGAAGACUUUAUGAGGCGAAAACUGAAAUUAGCUGAAACAACCUUCAGCAAAGACAAUGUUCGCCACUUCGCAGACACACUUCUUCUUGCAAGACUUGAAGCUACGGAGGAAGAAGGGGAAGAAGUUAUGGAGGCGUUGAGUGAGGACCGUCUUGUUCAAACUCUCGCUGAUAUAUUCUUUGGUCCCUUUGGAUCAUGGAGUACAUUCAGAUUAACUAUGAUAGAAUUCCGCUUACACACCUCGCUACCUCUCAUGAUAGGGAACGUGAGGGGUGUUGCUUAUUUCACUACCUCUGGAGGACAGACUCAGUCAAACAAAUUCUUCUAUUGUUUUGUUUGGAUGAAUUCUACGCUUCAAAAAAGGAUCUUCUUAUAGAUUUUAUUACAAACC